CGUGAUGUGGGUGAGCUCGUCGCUAUGUAACAGCCCGGACGGACGAGUUGAUCCGAGAGUUGGACUUCACCCAGCCUGCCUUGACCACGGCACAGGAGCAAGAUCCAGCACAGACUUGGGGUUUAUCGUUUUAUUUAUAUCCGUAGUAGGUCGUCACCGAAAUCAGCAAUGCCCAAAUAUCGCCCCCCAACGCGGUGAUGCAUCCCUAAGUGAUCAUCUGGACGCCUCAGCUGGCUACGUGCAGGACCCACACCACCGAGGUGACGAUGAUCCCUGGGGUUUCGAUGAUUCUCAAGGUGGCGAGCCCAGUCACGGCUCACAACCUACAACUAUGCUCGCCUCACACGAUAGUGAUGCGAGUGGUCUUGGGAUGCUACGACAUCGUCCUGUCUCAACCUCGAUUGUAAACCCACUGGAGCUAUCAGAUGAUCGUCAAUGCCGCAUAUGUUUAGCUGGCCCUGAAGAGGAACUGGAACUGGGUCGCUUGAUACGACCAUGCAAGUGCAAGGGGUCUAUCAGUUUCGUCCACGUCGAGUGUUUAAACAAAUGGAGGACGACUUCUGAGUCGAAAAGCGCAUUUUGGCAAUGCCCACAGUGCCAUUACAAGUACGCUUUUGCUAGGACAAAGGCAUUGGGACUUGCGACGUCUAAAAUUGCAAUUGGAUCCAUUACAUUCGUUUUAUUCACGCUCCUUGUUUUUGUUUCAUCAAGCAUUGUUCAAGUUGUCUUUACCAAAUCCUACGAAUGGUGGUCAUCCUAUGACUUUUCGUAUACUGCUCUUCCUGGAACCAUCAAAGACAUGGUGAAGUUAGCAAUAGCAACUUUUGCAGAUGUCGACAUUGGUGGCGUUGUCUCUGACACGCCAACGAGGAGGGGUGAGGGUGGCGGCUUUAAGCAAAAGAUUCGAAUGAAAAGGACACAGUCCCCUCCAGCACCUGGUUUCAUCAAGCGUCUUAUCAACCCUUUAGGAAUUGUCAGUUUCCUCCAAAUGCUCAUUUCCAUGUCUUUAAGAAAUACAUGGUUGAGAAGGAGGAGGGGCGAAGGAGCUGCGGAAGGAAUUGGUCUGAUCAUUAUCGUGGUUUUUGUUCUAAUUGGAGCAGCCAGAGCAAUCAUGCAAGUGUACACGCUAGCCAAUGCUCUUGCAAAAAUGAUCCUCUCACGAGCUGAGCUCGCCAUUCUUGACGUUGAAGGGAAAGCUUAUCUCCCGCGUUCAGCGGCCCGAGAGCGAGAUGACGGAACUCUUUGGGAAAAAGUGAAGCGAGAAGUCGUGGCGUGGGUUGCAGAUUGGCUCCACACCUGGGACCCAAGGAGGUGGGAGUGGGGUUGGAUAAAUCGGAGAAGGGUCUGGGAGAUUUGAAGGUUACCUAGCGAGUGAUCGACACUGCCUACACCACAUAUUUUCAGUAUACUCAUGGACACCGCGUCAGGCUCGUUGGCGUCAGUUUUGGACAUUGCAUGCGCUGUAUUUACCCGUGUCAAUUUAUUCACUCUUUUGGCUUCGGUGA